GUUCGGCAGGAUCCGCGAAGACACGAGCGGGAUCGGGUGUGAGCGAGGUGGAGAUAUGAACGGCGGGGACGUACGCUCGUGAUCGUCGUGGCCUCGCACAGCUUCAAGAUGCGCGCGAGGAGGUAGUAUCGGCGAGAAUGAACACGAACAUGAAUUCGCCGUCGAAGCUGACGGAGUUCGCUCCGUUGAGCCCCGAGGAGAGUCAGCCCGUCGUAGCGUCGCUCUUCUCCAAGUUCUUCAGUUUCACUCGGAACAGCGCCAACGAUUCCACGGUGUCCUCCAACAACGACGAGCGCAGCUCGUCGGACUCGGAGUCCUGGAAGCAGUCGGAGAGCACGGAGCAGACCCCGGACGACGACAGCAGCAGUAUAAUAAAUUUCCCGCUGGACACCAGCGAGGGCCGUAGCUUGCCAAACGUUUUGAAACGCAUCAGUAACAUCGUAGCGUUGAGAAGUAACAAUCUACGUUCGUACAAGGAUUCUCAGUUGAGAAGCUUCUGGAUUGCGGACAGCGUGAGCAAACAGUGUUACGAAUGCGGCGAGAGAUUCACGAUGCUUCGACGGAAGCACCACUGCCGUGUGUGCGGGCAAAUUUUCUGCUCCAAGUGCUGCUCCGAUCAUAUACCGGGGAAGAUCAUGGGGUGCACAGGAGAUCUUAGAGUUUGCACGUACUGUUGCAAAGUGGUCCUUUCCUACCUGCAAUCGUCGGACAUGAGGAGCGAUUUGUCGGCAGACUUGAAAGCUGUGCAGGAGGAUCUUCAGGUGAAGUACGGAAAUGACUCGCCGCUGCUGGCGCGAAAGCACGCUAACGAAACCAUGGACGAUGAAACGUCGACGUGUCGGAAGCCAAGCGUGGGAUACAUGGAGGAGAAUUACGCGACCGGAUCGAGCGGCAGCUACUUGACGUCGCAGGAGCGCUCGCUCGUGUUACAAAACUCGGCCUCUUUAAGGAUGAUCUGGGAGGAAUUGUUCCGCUCUAGUCAGGCCAUUCAGUUGCAGACGCAUAGGAUUCGAUUGAAGAGCUAUCAUAAUUGUUUUCUGGCGAACGAAUUGGUGAAUUGGAUGAUAGUUCAGAAUAAGGCGGCCACUCGCGUGCAGGCGACUGCGAUAGGCCAGGCGUUGCUAGAAGCGGGCUUCAUCGAAUCGGUCGUCGCUGAUUACGUGUUCAGCGAUUCGGCGACCGUGUUCAGGCCGGUGCCGUUGUCCUCCCUGCAAAACAUGGACUUGUUGGCGGAAAAGCGAACGGCGUGCGACGCGCAGGAGCCAGCCUGGGUAAAAACUAUUCCUCAACAUGACUCGGCUACGGAUUCUGAGAGCGAAACUCGACCGAUGAGCUCGCACUCGCAAACCUUCGGUCGUUUACCGUCGUCCAGUUCGAGCUUUUAUUUGGACCUGAAUCUGGAGGCGUCCACUGUCACGUUAAAGAGACCAACCUCGGAGGAUUUAACUGCGAUUUCGGUCGACAGUAGCGACGGCAUAAUCGAGCAGAAGGAAAUUAAUCUCAAAUCGCACGACUGCAAUCUCAAGAUGUGCGACGUUCUUUUGAGCGACACGCUUCAGGUGCACGAAUUCAAGGAGAAAAACGGUUGGCACAGAGCGACUAAUCUGAGAACGGCCUUUGGCGAAUUGAGCGCGUACGAGUGUUUAACAUCUGCGUACAAAGCGCACGAAGACUCUCUUAUUAAACAACUUCUCAGCAAGGAGGGCUUGUCGCAAACAUGGUCGAAUACGAUUCUGUCUAUUGCGCAUCAGAUAAUCGAUCAAGUUAGGCCAGAUCUAAAUCAUGACGCGGACAAUUUGGACAUUCGACAGUACGUGCAAUUCAAGAAAUGCCCCGGUGACAGCAGAGACGACUGCGAGAUCGUGUCCGGCAUAAUUUGCAGCAAGAAUAUUGCUCAUCGCGGUAUGAACGCCAUGAUCGCCCAUCCGAAAAUCUUAUUGUUGCAAUGCGGACUGAUGUAUCAGCGCGUAGAGGGCAAACUGAUAAGCCUGGAGCCUGUAAUGAUGCAGGAGAGCGAGUAUCUCGGGCACACGGUGGCGAGAAUCACCGCUCUGGGCCCGGACGUGGUACUGGUACAUCGAUCCGUAGCCAGAUUAGCUCAGGAUAGACUGAGAGAAUGCAACGUGACAUUGGUGCUAAAUGUGAAACUUAGCGUACUGAAGAGAGUCGCGCGAUGUACGGGCGCUAGUAUUGUAAACACCAUAGACGCGCACAUAAGCGCGAGAUACAUGCUUGGCACGUGCAAGAAAUUCUAUUUGAGAAACUUUCCAGACGAGCGGAGAGGUGUCAAGACACUAAUGUACUUCGAAGGCUGUGCAAAUCCGCAUUUAGGCGCAACGAUUGUGUUGCGAGGCGGGUCACAAUCCGAAUUGAAGAAGGUGAAAAACAUCACGUCGAUGAUGAUCUUCGCAGCUUACUCGUGGCGUCUCGAAAAGUCAUUUCUCAUGGAUGAGUUUGCUAAACCGCCGUCACCCAAGGACAAUUCGUUUCUGGACGAGACAUCGCAAAAGGAUUCUUCGAAUGGCGAGGAGACCGAGAAGCUCGAGAGCUGCGUUAUCAAUGAACAGACGCAGAAUGAAAACGUCUACGACUCUGAGAGUAUCUUGAGUGCAAAUUCUUUAAAAGAGGUGUCGUCGAUGUUAACAGAAGAUUCUGAUCCUUACGACACCUUAAAGUUGUUUAAGGCAAAGUUGAAACCAUCUCUGCACGAGUCGAAGGAUAUCGCGCCAAUAUCUUGCGAGAACGAUACGGUUCUACGUAACAGUGAUAAAUCUAAAGAUUUGGUAGUAAAUACCUUGGGCUCCGAUUCCGACGUCACGGAGGAACGUAAUGACUCGGUGAACCUAUUCGCGAGCAAAGAGACGUGCGUCGAGCGGAAAACCGACGAACUCGUCGACAAGGCGAAGUUGAAAGACAGGAUUUCCUCCGAGGAGAAACGAAUCUAUGGGGAGUCCAUAAGCGAUCGGAGCGAUCCGUUACAUCAAUAUUUAAACGAGGAUGACGAGGAUGUGUUCAAUCGUACGAGUCCGAGCGGUCAGCGUCUGAGCGUCGCUGACUUUCCGCUCUUCAACAAAUUCAAGAAGGCACUCGAGGACACGGUGCUGAGCGUGUCGCCGUAUUUGAAAUUUUCGAUACCCUAUCUGGAGACCGAACUCGGGAGGAAUUGCGUGCUGAGGAGCUUCUUCCCGCGAGAGAUCUAUUACUCGGCGCAGUUUGUCGACAAUGUCAAGGAGACCAGGACGAACAGCGUGGCCGUGAGCGAGCAGCUCGAGAACCGCGAGUGGAUGAACGUCCAGCUGAAGUCGCAGCAUCCGUUCGUCCAGGCUCGUCUGACCACGGACGUCGACGGUCGCGAGGUGCAGGGUCUACUGGCGAACUUCCGUGCGUGCGGCAACAGAAUUUAUCCGACGCAUAACGUGCUGCUGGAAAGAACGCAGCAGCAAUCACCGACGGCACUCGAGAGUAACGAGCAGCAGAUACCUUCCUGGUCGGAUUGUUUGGAUCCCAGCAGCCACCAACGCCUGUCCGUCCUGUUCUGCAGCUUCUCGCACACUGGCAACGACACUCCGGCGUUCUGCGUGAACCCUUGGGUCGUAAACAUGACGAUGUACGGGCAGAACGACAUCGCGCUCGGCCGCUUCUUAGAGCGUUACUGUUUGACGACGGAAUACAAAUGUCCGGCUCAAGAUUGCCGCGCGCAAAUCGCUCAGCACGUCAGGCGGUUCGCACACGACGGCGGCUGCUUGCAUAUCAGCCUCAGCGAGAUGAGCUGCGAGCCGUUCGUGCAGGAAGACGCCGAUCAGAUCCUGAUGUGGAGCAAGUGCGUCGCCUGUAAGAGCGUGUCGCCGGUGGUGCCGAUGUCAGGCGACACGUGGUGCCUGUCGUUCGCCAAGUAUCUCGAGCUACGCUUCUACGGCGGCGUCUACGCAAAACGUGGCAUGGACGCGUGUCAGCAUUCCCUGCACCACGAUCACUACCAGUACUUUACGCGCAAGAACAUGCUGGCCGUGUUCAAAUUCACCAAGAUCUCCCAGUGGGAGAUCUCACUGCCGCCGCCGCUGAUCAACAUCAUCUACGAUCCGAAGCAGCACGUCAACGUGAUUGAGGAGAUGAAGAGCGUGACAUUGAAGGGCGACGAGGUGUUCACGGCGAUACGAGAGAAGCUGACGGGUCUGCAGACGGAUUUGGAAGGGCUGAGCCUCGCCAAGCAGCAGCUGGCCAAGGAUCAGCAGUAUUUCAAGAACAAGAUCGAGGAAAUCCAAUUAAAGUUAACGUCGCCGACGUUGGAAAACAAGAAGCUGGAGGGUAAAACGUCGGAGAGGCAGGUGCAAGGGUUCAUGUUCAGAAUCGAGGACGGCAUCGUAAUACUCAAGCGGCUCAUCGCGGAGGCUGUGUUCACGUGGAACAACAAACUGUCGGAGAUGUCGGCCAAGAAGAAGGACGAGCGGCCGCGCCGUUUCACCGAGCGAUCCAUGACAGUCGGCAGCAACAGCAUAGUCGAGACCGACGGAUACAUCACAGAGGACACUGCGUCGGAGUCGCAGGUCGAAGACCUGAGCCCCAUGUCAGCCGAUUACAACGCCAUCGACGUGAUCGCCGCGGCGCAGAGUGACUUCCAAGCGUCCGAACUGAUCGACAACUCUGACAACGAGCCGCCGGAGGCCGCCAAUAAUCCCGACAACGUCGGCACCGUUCAGGGCUCGCCUAAGAUGCAUCAGAGGUCGCACUCCGACGUUCUGCCCCUGUCCUCCGACGACGUUCAGGAUAAGAAGAAGAAGAAGAAGACGAUCCUGUCGCAAUUGCUACCGUCCGUUUCAGUGAACCAUACGAUAUCGAGUCCCUUGGGGCCCUUGGAGCACUACUUGUUGCCUCUCGGAUCCGUGGUACCCAUAGUGGUCUACGAGUCCGAGCUCUCGUCCAUAAUUGCAUACGCCCUGGACUCACACGACUACAAGCACGCGUUGCAGGAGCUCUUGCGUACAGCGAAGGGGCCAGAAUUGAAUCCCAGUCCAUUGAGCAAACGCAAGUUUCCCGAGGGCAGGGACAGCACCCUCGACCAGGUGCAACUGGGCGAGUUCAAGCGGCCGUCCGUGCUGUCUUUCUUCCGAGGCAACAGUCCCAAUCCAGCCAGUAGUCCUAUCGAAUCCGACAAGAACGUGUCGAGCACGGAAACCAGCGGCAGUGGCGCCGCUGGCCUCGACGUCGACGACGACAAGAAAGCGAUCAAGCAGCAGAACUAUAUCGAGGUGCAGUUUAACGACGCCACGACCAAUUUCUUCUGCAGGAUAUACUUUGCCGCGCAGUUCGCCGCGCUGAGAGAGAACGUUCUGCCCUGCGGCGAGGACGGCUUCACGAGGAGCCUGAGUCGGACCGUACAAUGGACGGCGAGAGGCGGGAAGAGCGGCAGUACCUUCUGCAAGAGCAGAGAUGAUAGAUUCAUCAUAAAAGAGAUGUCUCGACUAGACAUGCAGAUCUUCCUCGAUUUUGCGCCCAACUAUUUCGCCUACAUGGAAAGGUGUCAGCAGAGCAAGCAACCGACAUUGCUAGGCAAGAUAGUCGGUGUCUACAGAGUGUCGUUCAAAAACAACACGACCAACGCGGCGCUUCGUACUAGCGUGCUAGUAAUGGAGAAUCUCUUUUAUAAUCGAAUCAUAACCGACAAAUUCGACCUGAAGGGAUCCGUGCGGAAUCGACUGGUGAAUCUGGACGACACGUGCCACGAGGGCGAACUGGUCUUACUGGACGAGAAUUUGUUGAACAUGAGCUGUGACUCCCCUCUGUACAUACGAUCGCAUUCCAAGACAGUAUUAAACCGAGCCAUCGAACAGGACACCAAAUUCUUAGCCGAUAACUCUGUAAUGGACUAUUCUCUAUUGGUAGGCUUGGAACCGAGCUCCGACGAACUCGUACUCGGUAUAAUAGAUUAUAUAAGAACGUUCACGUGGGACAAGAAACUGGAGACAAUGGUGAAGAAAUCCGGUAUACUGGGUGGCCAAGGUAAAUUGCCGACCAUAAUAUCGCCGGAGGAAUACCGCGCUAGGUUUAUAGCCGCGAUGCAUCGCUACUUCCUGCCGGUGCCGGACCGAUGGUCGGGUCUGGGUAAAAGUGUCGAGAUACCGCCGCAGUAAAUGUAACGUUUAGCGAAAAGCUAAAAAGCUACGAAACGCUAUUUUAUAUACGCAGCCAUUGCACAAUCGGUGUAGAUCUUUUCGUUUUUGCGCGUUGGCAAAAAUACGAGCACGUCGUCUACCUUCGUCGUGUAUAUUUGUAUAUUUUAUACCGUGAUAACACACUCGAGAAAUCAUCACUGGAAAGUGAUAUCGAUAGUUACCAGUUUUAAGUAACUUAUUAAUUGCUACGUAACGUUAAUCGAUAUUUUAACUUCUCGCGCGGAAAAUCAUCUUCGACGGCUGCUCCGUAAGAGAUUACGUGUACGGUGUACAUAUCUUACAUCACAUGCAUCAAGCGACUGUACAUAAUCUAGUCAUCUUUCUAACAUACUUUAAGAGAAUGCUAGAGUGAUUUUGCACUUUUGACACCUUUUGCUCCUAGAACUGUCAAUUGAUGAAAACAUUUGUCUAACAUACAAAUGUUUUCACGAAUUGACAGUUCUAAGAGCAAAAGAUGCCAAAAGUGCAGAAUCACUUCAGCAUUCCCUUAAAAGCGAUUGCUCGUUCUGAAACUUUAAAGUACAAAGAUACCAAUGGAACUAGAGUACGAAUAAAGAGAUGAAGAAGCACCAUUAUCAAUAUUUUAUUUAAUUUUUCAGAAUUAUGUACAUGACCAUUAUCUGUCUUUGUAAUAGUCAAAUAAACAAUAAUCAUCAUAAUUUCAACAUAGCAAAACACUCUCGUUCUUCGUCGAUAGUUUUGUAUCAUCUUUGAAUACAGCCUAGACAGCCAGUACACAAACGUAAGGAAGAUAUUAAAGCGUGUACCUUAUUGGAAAAAA